GAAUUAUCUAGCUCCAAUUUUUGAGUCUAGAAGUCGAUUUUACUUCCAAAAUACCCUCUAAUUUCUCACAUCACGACACCAAAUCGGCAAUCUCCUGACGCCGCACUCCACUUAUAGGAUGACGAACUGCCGAGUGCAGUAGCCUGAUCCACAGGCAAUCCCUCCCAAAGCGAAAAAAGUUGCAUUGCUACACGUUCCUCCAUUGAUUUCAGCAACUCGGGAUUCAACGAAGUCUUAGUAGUUGAGGAAUAAUGUACGGGCUUUAUCCAAUUAGACUCAACAUGUCUAGACAUCACUUUUCUCGCGCUUCGGACGUUGGCAACUAUAUAAUCCCCACGUCCUUCGACCCCUACUAAAUCCAUAUGUCUACAAGACGUUCACCAGUCUCGACAACAUAAAUACUCUAUAUUAUUCAUAUAACCACUUAGUAACAGUAUAACAGAAACUUCAUACAAGUUUUCUCCAAAUUUAUCAGUUACAGUGGACUGAAAAUCAUACCUAUACUCAACCUAACACCAAACACAAUGAGCGACAACUCAACGCAAACUCGACCGCUUAGUGUCAUCGUGACCGGCGGUUCAAGCGGGCUCGGGGUCAUGAUGACCAAGUACUUCGCCUCUCUGGGUUACAUAGUCAGCAUUCUCGACGUUAACACCGCUUUGGGUCACAAGGUAGUGACCGACGUUGGGACAGAAUAUCCGCAGUCGACUAUCAGCUUCAAGCGCGUAGACGUCACAUCCUGGUCUGAUCUAGACACAGCCUUCCGGGAGGUCUACCAGCAACGCGGUGCCGUCGACAUCGUCAUGGCCAACGCUGGCAUCUCAGAACAAGGAGCCAGCAGUCUAACGCUAGUCGACGAGGAUGAGCCGUCCCAGCCAAGACUCAGGACACUGGACGUGAACUUAACGGGAGUGAUAUAUACCGUCAAACUUGGAGCACACUAUAUCAAGAAGAACAAUCCAGAUCCCACAACGGGAUCACGGGGUACAAUCAUAUGCACUGCCUCGAAUGCAGGUCUAUACCCCUUCCCCGUUGCCCCCAUCUACGCUGCUUCAAAGGCCGGUGUGAUAGGGCUAGUUCGUUCUCUAGCCAAAGUUCUCGAACGUGUCAACAUCCGGAUCAACGCAUUAGCACCGGCAGUACUGGAAACCGGACUUUCUCCCUCCAAAGCUUUAUUUGAGGAGAUGGUUGUCACGCCGCAGGAGACGCUUAUCAAGGGCGUCGCGCAGCUAGUCGGAGACCCCAAGAUCACCGGGGCCGUAGCCGAGAUCCACGGCGACAGCGUGACGCUGCGCCCGCCUCCCGAGUACGUGGAUGAGGCUACACACGCCAACAUGCAGACUUUCUGGAAACACGGCGUUGCUUAAAAGCGAUGGUUUGAUGCAUUUGCUAGGUCUUAUCGGUUUAAAAAAAGGAAUCAAGGCGUAAAGUAAAUUACCUAAGGUUGGGAUAUGACCGUCAUGUGCUAGUAAGGCAUAGAAAGGGGCAUAGAAAGGGGAUUUGG